UACAGCACUAAAUUAUGACCACAGCGAGAGCGAAUAUUGCUCUCGCCAGACUGGUGCCCUAGUCAUUUCUACUUUGAGUUACUCGUUUGAGCACAACGGCGCGAGCGUACUAUGGACUGCUUUUACCAAGCAAAUCAGAGAGUUCGACCACCUCCUUACUUCAACACUUCACCGGUUAUGUAUGGAUAUGGUGUUCCUUCUUACUAUUCCCCGCCGUUUUUCCCGCUAAAUCGUAACUCUCAGGUCCACAGGCCGCCGGUAAUAUCUGCAAGCCCUCCUCUAAGCAUUCCAAACCCAAUGACAAACUCAGAAAGCAGUACCAGUCCUGUUUCGGUCGGCUCUCAAACUCCUCCAGAAUCACCCAGCGAAACUUCUACAGACACGCACGAAUCCACUGAACAUAACGAUGAUGUUUGCCAAUCAGCCAAAGAUGCCAGCGAAUCAGAAGACAAAACAGACGGUGAAGACGAGAGAGAUGUACCAUGGCAUUAUAAACAACCUUUCAAGCAUCGCCGACGAGUGGCUUACAAGAGAAACCAAAUUCUGGAAUUAGAAAAAGAAUUUCACUUCACGAGGUAUCUUACGAAAGAGAGACGUUCAGAAAUGGCCACGAUGUUGCAGCUCUCUGAACGACAAAUCAAAAUUUGGUUCCAAAAUCGGCGUAUGAAAUGGAAAAAGGACAACAAACCCGUGAUUCCCACAAGUAGAGGAAUGCGGCGAGGAUGUACAAGAUAGGCGAGAUACACCCGUUCAGAGAUAAUCAAUUAUAAUUUGUUGUAAUCCUCUUUUUAGCAGACUUGAAGGUGUAUAAAAAUUUUCUCUUCCUUUGCGUCGGACGAAUGGAGCGUUAGACAGCCAUCGAAGUGUUACAAAUUACGGCGAAAGGUUUAUUCCGCUACAUUUGCAAUUUGAACUCUUUCUUUGUCUGCGCAUAACAUAACCUCGACUUUCGUCACAAGUUCUUUACGAUCAAACAAGCACUGAAAGAUUGUGAAGUUGUAAAUAAUUGUAAAACAUGAAAACUCGUUCAGGAAUUGAGUCAGACAGCAACGGGUUACAAAUGAGGUGUUAAGCCGAUUCGUCUAAACAGAGACACGAAGGCACUUCCACUGCGUCACUUUGAACGUUUUGUUUCUCGCCAACGAACUUCUCCACUUUACGAAUCUUCAAAGAAUAUUCAGCCUAGUUUACGCUUCUUACUUACUUGUUUUUAUCUUUACUCAAUAUCAAUCUCGUUCGUCGUUUUAUCGAAUGCCGCUGUGCGAGGCGGCAUUUUAGUCAAAGAAAUUUGUGUUAAAUUUCUUAUGCACUUCUCUUUAGUAGGAUUAAAAUCUCCGGUGGUUAAAAACGCUGUUCAAACGCAAAACUCCAUUUAUCGAGAUUUCUUUCACUUGUAAGUAUAUAUUUAAAAGGUUUUGUGAAAAAGC